UCCAUUUAUUAGUUUUAUUAUUGCCCCCCACACAUCAAGAAUCAUUCCGCUCAGUGCCACUGUUGUUACGUUCGGAUCAAAAAAAAAAAAGUUGAUGAAAUUUUCGUCGAAUCGUGGAACGAGUGUGCCAAUGGUGUAAUAAAAGCGAACCAGUGUUAUCUACUCGCAAUCGGUUCGAACGAAAGGAAAGUCUUCUUUUUUCCAAAAAAAAAAACGCCCUUGAACCGUGUGUUGGUCACGGAGAAGCCUUAUUAGGGAAUCAACAGCUCAGCGCUACUGGGCCAAUGGUGUUGGUGUUCUUCCGCUAGUGUCGAGUGUCGCGAAGGACGAAACCCAACGCAAGACGAUUCCCAUUGUCAGCUAGCGAUUGUCGUGUGUGUCGAAGAUACCUGCUACUAGUUCGGGGUGGGUGGAGCGGGCGUAGUGAGUGAGUGAGGGAGAGUGGAAGGUAAACGCAAUGUCAAUAACGGGAAACUAUGAUCACUACCAUCGGAGCGGAAGCACUGGGGGUCCGGAUCGACCGGAUCGAUGCGUUUGCUGUGUCCGGACGAUGAAAUGGUUCCCGGUGCUGUUCAUCGUGUCGGUCAUCGGCUGGUCCUACUAUGCCUUCGUAGUGCAGCUUUCGUUUUUCACCGUGACCAGCAUCGUACAGAGGAUACUGUUCCUGUUGUUCUAUCAUCUGAUAUUGAUCAUGUUCCUGUGGUCCUACUACCAGACCGUAUUCACCGACAUUGGCCGCGUUCCGUCCAGAUUCCGCGUGCCCCGCUCCGAGCUGGAUCGGCUGCUGCGAGCCCAGAGCGAGGAAGAGCAGAAGCAAAUCCUGGAAGCUUUCGCCAAGGAGCUACCGAUCGUGACGCGUACCCUCAACGCGUCGGUUCGGUUCUGCGAGAAGUGCCGCCUGAUCAAACCGGACCGGGCCCACCACUGCAGCGUGUGCGGCGUGUGCGUACUCAAGCUGGACCAUCACUGCCCCUGGGUGAACAAUUGCAUCAACUUCACCAACUACAAGUACUUCAUCCUGUUCCUCGGGUACGCACUGGUGUACUGUUUGUACAUUGCCUUCACGACGGUCAUGUACAUGGAGAUGAUCUGGAGUGUGAGUGGACAAGAAGGCAAAGUGGACGGGCGGUUCCAUAUUUUGUUUCUGUUCUUCGUUUCGCUGAUGUUUGCCAUCAGUUUAGUUAGCUUGUUCGGGUACCACUGCUAUCUGGUGCUGCUCAAUAGGACCACUUUAGAAUCAUUCCGAACGCCGAUAUUCCGGUACGGUGGGCCGGACAAGAACGGAUUCAGCCUGGGGAAGCUGAACAACUUUAGAGAAGUGUUCGGGGACGACCGAAAGCUAUGGUUCGUGCCAGUGUACACUAGCCUCGGGGAUGGCAUGGUGUAUCCAGUGCAGGCGUCCCAUCUAACUGCAUCUCCGGGCUUGACUCCGACAGCCUCGUCCGAAUUCAGUACCACCACGCGCAUUACCAUGAUGACGACGAUGGCCACCAAGGACGAUGACAACCUGACGGUGAUGGAUGACAGCAGGGAGGACACCGUUGCCAAUGAGUACAAACCGAACAAUCGCCUGCACCACAUGCAGAACGGAGUGGCCACUGCCGGUGGCAUGAGCCCGUACCGAAACCGUCCCGAGGAUAUUGUGUGAAAGAGUGUGUGUAUGUGUGUGUGAAUAUGAGUGUGUGUUAGUGUCGGUAUCGACUUGCUUUAAAAGUACGAAAUGCAAUCAUGAUUUCUUGGUCUAAGAUUCUAGAUGUUACAGAGAAAAAAGUUUAUAUUCUUUAAGAAACGUAUCGACUCUUUUUUUACUUAACGUACAACCGUUACCAUAAUGAAUCAGUGUUGUGUUUUAGGUGGAUAGCGGGUCCGUCACAUUCUUCCCAAAGGUACUUUGAGUGCGCACAAAUUAUUUAGCUUUAUGAAUGAACAUUUGCAAUCACUAUUUGGAAUGGAAUUAUUACUAUUAGUCGAUUAGAAAAUUCAGUAUUGAUAAGAUUUUAGCGUCAGUUUAUACCGUCUGGUGAGAUUCAAACUAUUGGCGAAAAACUAAAAGGAGUACCUAGGUAUUGCAUUACAAAAUUCUUUCCGCACACAAAAUUCCACCUACCAAUAAACGGUUUCAAUAGCAGCUUUCAUGGUGUCCGAAAUGUAGUACUCGAAUUGCGAAGCAAUGUUUAUCUGAGCAAUAUUUGUAAGCCUAUGUUUUCCAAUUCCUUCCGAGGAAGCCUUAUUUUCCAGUAGACGCUUUACGCUAGACAAAUUAAAUGUACCUAUUGGCUAUACUGUUGCGUACGCAGAACUUAAACGGUGAAGUACAACGUCAGGAAGAGCGCAUGAAUGAUACACAUAUGGCAAAAGCGACCGUGUGAAUGGAUGAAUCAAAACUAACAGCCUAACAGAAGAGUAUACUUUCGUACAAUGUAUCGUUGUUGUAGGGACUGGUAACAAUUUAUGUAGCUAGUACAUGUUAAAUCUUUGCGAAAUAAGUAUAACUAAUGUGAGCUCCAAAUCGAAUCAAACUAAU